UAAUCCUGCUCAACUCCAUCAUGGCGGCGAGGGGCCAUGUGCAAGACCCUAACGACAGGAGGCUACGACCUAUCUACGAUUACCUGGACAAUGGCAAUAACAAGAUGGCAAUCCAGCAGGCCGACAAACUGCUCAAGAAGCACAAAGAUCUCCACUGCGCAAAGGUCCUGAAGGCAAUCGGUCUGCAGCGAACAGGAAAACAGGAUGAAGCCUUCACGUUAGCACAGGAAGUGGCGGUUCUCGAACCCACAGACGACAACUCUCUGCAGGCACUGACCAUCCUCUACAGAGAGAUGCAUCGACCCGAGUUAGUAACCAAGCUGUAUGAAGCUGCAGUCCGGAAGGUUCCAGCAAGCGAAGAAUACCACUCUCACCUCUUCAUGGCCUAUGCUCGAGUCGGAGAGUACAAGAAGAUGCAACAGGCUGGAAUGGCACUCUAUAAAAUUGUUCCGAAAAACCCCUAUUACUUCUGGUCAGUCAUGAGCUUGGUGAUGCAGGCCAUCUCAGCGCAAGACGAGAAGCUCUCUCAGACCAUGUUCCUGCCAUUAGCUGAGCGUAUGGUGGAGAAAAUGGUCAAGGAGGAAAAAAUCGAGGCAGAAGCCGAGGUUCAGCUGUACUUCAUGAUCUUGGAGCGCUUGGGAAAAUACGUGGAGGCGCUGGAGGUGGUUCAGGGGCCACUCGGAGAGAAGUUGACCAGUGAGCUACAGAGCCGAGAGAACAAAUGUAUGAAGUUGUACCGGCGUCUGGAGCGCUGGCCCGAGUGCAACGCUUUGUCCAGCAAACUGCUCCUGAAAAACCCUGAUGACUGGCAGUUCUACUUGUUGUAUUUUGACUCGUUGUUCCACCUCAUCGAUCAAAGCUGGACGCCGCCACAGGAAGGAGCUCAUUGUGCAGAAGGGGAAGUUCAUGCCUCUGUAGCUCAGUCCAUCAGCUUCAUGGAGGAGCGCCUGGCCACAGAAGACGCGAAGGAGUCGAAACAUCUGAGAGGACCAUACCUGGCUCGUCUGGAGCUUAUCAGACGUCUCAGAGAGCGCAGCUGUCCUGAAGCACAGCAGCUCGGGGAUCCUCUCGAGCUCAUGUUCCAGUUCUUCGUCAAGUUUGGAGACAAGCCAUGUUGCAUCACGGACCUGAAGAUCUUUCUGGACCUUCUCAUGCCUGACCAACAUGUGCAGUUCAUCAACAGGCUAAUGGAGGCUGUGCCGCUGGGUGCUCCAGGAGAGGAUGGUUUCGCCUUCCCAGAAGACACUCGGGCUCUGCAGAGACACAUGUGUGUGACGCAGCUCAGCCGCUGUCUGGGUCUACAGCAUUCCCUCAACACUGACGGCAAACUGGGGGUCAUUAAAGAGCUGAAGGCACACUACCGGCACGGCUUACAGUUCGGGAAGUCCUGUUUAAAAACAGAGCUACAGUUCUCGGAUAUGUACUGUCUCAUGGCAGCUCAUGUCUAUAUAGACCUGUGGAUUGAGACGGAUGAUCAGAAUAUGUUGUGGCAGUGUCUGGGAAUGUUAGAAGAAGGUCUGUCCUACAGUUCCUCCAACGCUCAAUUCAAACUGCUGCUUUUGCUUCUGUACUGCCGUCUUGGGGCUUUUGAGCCGGUGGUAGAUCUUUACUCCAGUUUGGAUGCUAAACACGUCCAGCAUGACACCAUUGGGUAUUUAUUGACCCGCUAUGCAGAGUCUUUGGGCCAGUUUGCUGCUGCUUCCCAAUCUUGUAACUUCUCCCUCAGGUUUUUUCACUCGAACCAGAAAGAUACCUCAGAAUACAUUAUUCAAGCAUAUAAGUACGGUGCUUUUGAGAAAAUCCCGGAGUUCAUCGCCUUCAGGAACCGACUCAAUCACUCGCUGCACUUUGCUCAAGUGCGCACAGAGCGGAUGCUGCUGGACCUCUUCCUAGAAGCCGACAUAUCUUCAACUUUAGACGAGAGCGUAAAGUCGAUGUCUCUGUGUCCGGAGGAAGAUGAUAUCCCAUGGGAAAAUUUAAGGGACAACCGCGACCUGACUGUCUUUGUCAGCUGGGACCCUAAAGACAAGCAGCUGAAGGAGGAGCACAAGCUGCGCUCUCUAGAAGACGAGACCCUGUGGUUGAAGCUGCGAUCGCUCACUCUGCGUCUGAUUGGCUGUGUUUCUGGACUCACUCACUCGUCAACAGCACGCAACUCUGAAAAGACAACAGAAAACGGAGUCACAGCCAAACCAUCUUCUCUACAAUCUCUGCUCUCCCAGCUAGAAAACACACUAAACCAGACCUCGCAGUUCACGGAAAAACAGCUUCAGCAGCAGCAGCAGCAGUACCCGUUUCUGGGUCCCGUGUCAUCUCGUUUGGCUCAGGCUGUGUCUAGUGGCUGCUGUCAAUGUCAGCUGUCGUCUCUUCAGCUUCCUCUGCACCUGCAAGAGCUGGAAACUAUCGGCCUAGAUGAAUCGACGGAACUUCAGACACAAAUAUCAAAUCUUUUUAAGUCUUUAGCAGUACAACUUCAAGAUAUGUUGGAAAAAUGUAAAGGCGAUCUAUUAGAGGUGAAAGACGGUCAAACCAAGACACAGCACUUUUUACUGGAGCAUCUAGUCUACUUUGUUGAAACUGUUUGUAUCAUCCUAUGGAUAUCUAGUUACUGUGCAAGUGUCCUCCGGCCCUUAAAGUCCAGUUUACAGAAGAAGAAGAAAAAGAAAAAAGAAGCUAGCAUCGUAACGCCGGCGGUGAUUUUGGCCUUUCAGGAGUUUAGCAGUGGCUUGCAGAGCCUCCUCAACCAGGCCCUGGAGCACAUCAAGAGCCAGGAGAUCAGCCUGACCGCACUGAAGCUGGAGGCCCUCAGUCUGGAGGGACAAACCCAAACCGAGGCGGAAGGGACCUUCACAAAGACUGCAAUGGAAAAGGUGCAGAGCAGCUACCUGCGUUCACUGCAGGAGAUCGGGGAACUGUUGAAGAAGAGAGCGGACUCGUUGAAAUCCCUCAAAAUCUGAGCGCUCCAUCAAUCCAUCCAUCCAGCAUCCAGUCCAGUCCCCGACCCGCACGGCGUCUUCGCUCCCAAACUCAGUCUGUGAACUCCGCCGGUCUCUUCCUUCCUAUUUAUCCGUCUCAUUACUCACGUACAGAUAAACAGGCACACUGUAAUAAAACAAACCCCAAAACUUCGGCUUCAGCACAAACCUCUGCAGUGCUCCGUGCGGCACUUUUAAGUGGAAACGUAAACGUCAUAUCCCUAGCGAAACCACAUAGGCGAGCGAAAUUAAGCAAUUUUAGAAGUACUGCUAUAAAUUAUUGUACAUAGUGUGAAGAUAAACCGAUAUCAUCGAGAACUCCUUGGCGAAUUAAAGUGAACUGCUUUGUCUUUUUUUUUUUUGUCGAUGUCUUGCGUUAUUGUCUCACUUCUUUCCCAGCCGUAAACCCCUCCUGACGAUUUGGUGCCACUCUGUAUCGCAAGUAGCCAACUUCCAGACUGACACACACUCUCUGCGACGCGUUUACACGGCCGUUCGCAAUGCACAACCAGCCAAGAGCUAAGCUUUGAGUUUCCAGGAGAUUUUGCGCAACUGUUCGGCGGCGGUGGGAGGAGUAUCCAGAUGCUUUGAGUGAAUGUUUUUGGGUGCAUCCAUCGCGAAUAUUUGUUUGUAUAUUACAAAUGACUUUACUUGAGCCGCAAGCAUUCGAAAUGUAGCUUUCCCGACGAUUUGUUCGGAGUCAUCGACAUACGCUGAAGUCAAAAAGGCAAAUACGUCAGUGUAGCAUUGAAUGCUACAUGGGGAAGUUUGUGUUCGCAUUAGAUUGAUCGUCAAAGACGUUUAUUCCAUCAUGUUUCAAAUUAAUUUCAUGCUUAAAGUGACGGAUGAAUCGUUUGGUUAUAGGGCGAGUUGUUUACUUUAAAAAAUAAUAAUAAUAACAAUUGUUGAUUGCACUGAUGUCCCUGAAAUGAUGAGGUUUUAUUAAUGUUGCAUACCAAAAAACGUCUAAAUUAGCCUUGCGUUAAAGUCACAGUAGAGGCAAAGGUAGGUUUUUAUACGAAUGAAAUAUGGUGAUAUCUACCAGGAAGUGCAACUUGUUUACAAUGUUUCUGAGCGCCAUUUUGAAUUGUGUUUAUAGUGUGUGUGUGUGUGUGUGUGUGUUAUAAGGUGUGCUGCGAUCUUUAAGCUUUCACUGCUUUAUACCUGCUCGGGAGGGGGAAAUAUGCAUUUCUCUUUUGUCAAGCUUUUUAUUUUAAUCCAACACAACGGGGGAUACAAGGACUAGUUGUGCGAAGGAGCGGCUCUUCUGUUGCUCCAGGACUCAUUUCACGUCAUCGAGAGGAACACGCGCGCUUCUGGACUGAGGAGGUGCCUAUAGAGGGGGUUGGAAGUGUCGACUGAUGAAUUCUUUUGUUAGGGAAAUUGAGAAAAUAUAAACACUGGAAUGUGAACAGGAGUUUUUUAAAUAAAGGAGUAAAUGUU